AGAGGAGAGGAGGGGCCGGUCCCGAUCCGUUCCCCGCGCCCCCGCCCCUCGAGCCCGGCUCCGGGAGCGGGGCGCUCCCCGCGCGGGCAGUCGCCGGCCAGAGCGCAGAGGCUGUACCUUCAGCCGUGCUCUGAACAGAGCCCGGGAGAACCAACCGGAGCCGGCGGAAAGGUUUCCCGAGCUCGGGGUUGCUGCCGCUACGGCGGCUGCUUGAAACUCCCCAAAGUUGAGAGCCAGAGAGAGGCUGCCGCCAGCUGGGUGCUAGAGGGAAAGGAACUCGGAGGGUGCAAGAGUGACAGACGAUAGACGACAGACAGACACACAGACCUUUAGAAGACACCACCGUCGGUGGCCUGUCCUCGGAGCUCGUGAAGCUUCCCAGCUCAGCUCACUGGUGGGAGGCUGAGCUGGUGGAAAAAGCGCCCGGAAGAGACUCAGAGGUGACCAUAAUGUCUUUACGUUUACACACACUGCCCACCCAGCUUGGAGUUGUCAGACCGAGCUGCAGGGAACUGCUGUGUUUGUUGGUUAUCACCGCCACUGUGAGCGGUGGCUCCUCCAGGAUGUGCCCCACCGCUUGCAUCUGUGCCACCGACAUUGUGAGCUGCACCAACAAAAACCUGUCCAAGGUGCCUGGGAACCUUUUCAGACUGAUUAAGAGACUGGAUCUGAGUUAUAACAGAAUUGGGCUUCUGGAUUCUGAGUGGAUUCCAGUAUCUUUUGUAAAAUUGAACACCCUAAUUAUUCGUCAUAACAACAUCACCAGCAUUUCCACAGGCAGUUUUUCCACCACUCCAAAUUUGAAGUGUCUUGAUUUAUCAUCCAAUAAGCUGAAGACUGUGAAAAGUGCAGUGUUUCAAGAGUUGAAGGUUCUGGAAGUGCUUCUGCUUUACAACAACCACAUUUCCUGUCUUGAUCCUUCUGCGUUUGGAGGGCUUUCCCAUUUGCAAAAACUCUACUUAAGUGGAAACUUUCUCACGCAAUUUCCCAUGGAUUUGUAUGUUGGAAGAUUCAAACUGGCAGAACUGAUGUUUUUAGAUGUUUCUUAUAACCGGAUUCCUUCCAUGCCAGUGCACCACAUGAAUUUAGUGCCAGGAAAACAGCUGAGAGGCAUCUACCUUCAUGGAAACCCAUUUAUCUGUGACUGUUCCCUCUACUCAUUGCUAAUCUUUUGGUAUCGUAGGCACUUUAGCUCAGUAAUGGAUUUUAAGAAUGAUUAUACCUGCCAUCUGUGGUCUGACUCUAGGCAAUCCCAUCAGGUGCUUCUGCUGCAAGACAGCUUUAUGAAUUGCUCUGACAGCAUUAUCAAUGGUUCCUUUCGUGCCCUUGGCUUUAUUCAUGAGGCUCAGGUUGGGGAAAGGUUGAUUGUCCACUGUGACAGCAAGACUGGUAGUGCAAAUACUGACUUCAUUUGGGUGGGUCCGAGUAACAGACUGCUGGAGCCCGACAAAGAGAUGGAAAACUUUCACGUGUUUCGCAAUGGAAGUCUGAUUAUAGAAAGUCCUCGUUUUGAGGAUGCCGGAGUCUAUUCUUGUAUUGCAAUGAAUAGGCAACGACUGUUAAAUGAAACUGUGGAUGUCACCAUCAAUGUGAGCAAUUUCACUGUAAACAGAUCCCAUGCUCAUGAGGCAUUUAACACAGCUUUUACCACUCUAGCUGCUUGUGUGGCCAGUAUUGUUUUGGUACUUUUGUACCUCUAUCUGACGCCGUGUCCCUGCAAGUGUAAAACCAGGAGACAGAAAAAUAUGCUAAACCAAAGCAAUGUCCAUUCAUCUAUUCUCAAUCCUGAUCCUGCUAGUGAUGCCCCAGCUGACGAACGGAAGGCAGGUGCCGGGAAAAGAGUGGUGUUUUUGGAACCCCUGAAGGAUACUGCAGCAGGGCAGAAUGGGAAAGUCCGGCUCUUUCCCAGAGAGACAGUGAUAGCUGAGGGCAUUUUAAAGUCCACAAGAGUGAAAUCCGACUCAGAUUCAGUCAAUUCUGUGUUUUCAGACACACCCUUUGUGGCAUCCACUUAAUUUUGUGCCUGCAUCUGUGUGCUGUGGUAAUUUACUCUCUCCAUAUUUAACUUUGUGUGUAGUCUGGAAAAUAAACAACAGGACAGAAAUUGUGUUUGUUUUUUUUAAAAUACAACCAAAUGGUCCCUUUAAGUGGUUGAUAGGAAACGUGGUAAGGCAUUUUAGUGCCUCAGUGUGCCAGAGAAAGAUAGGGUUGUUUUCCACAGCUUAAAUUCUAAAUAGCCCUUAGCACCGCUAAUAAUCUCACAGCUGGCCCAGAGGCAACUUGACUGACAUGGUUCCAUUCGGGGAUCUUAAAAGGAAAAACAAAACAAAAACCCUUUAUUUAUUAAUGUUCUCAGAAAAUAGACCUUGCUAACUUACCAGGACCAAAGUUGAGUUAUUUUAAAGAAAAGCAUUAAAGUUCUAUUUUGUUUUUUAAGAGGUAUAGAAGGAAGAAUAAAACAGCGGUUAUUUGUAAAGCACAAAGUAAAAGGUAGUCUUGAGAAUUAUUCACUUAAUUGCAUCAUUUCAGACCAGAGUGAACCGGCGACACUGAUAAAAUUUAAUGGGUAAUGCCACAUACUCCGUGGUGUUAGAUAAAUAGUGCAAUAGAGAUACAUUUGUUUGACUGUCUUCUUUCCGUUCUGUACUUUUCCAAUCCUUGUACAAAAGAUCUCAUUGAAAGUUUAAAGUCAUUAUUUGUUGCCAUAAAUAUGUAGGUGUCAAUACCAAAAUGUGUGAGUAACUUCUUAAACCUUUGUUCUAGCAAAGUAAUAUUUGUUCCUGUGCUUGUGUGUAUGCAAAUCUUAAAAUUACAUGAACUAUUAAAUGGACACCUAUAUUGUG